AUGACCAGCACCCGCAAGAGGAAGGCUGACGAGGAUGGCGAUGAGAUGUCCAUGUCCCCUCGCAGCUCACCUGCAUUCUCCGCCCGACAACUCUCUCGCCCUUCGAAGAAGGUCCGCUCGAACGAACUUGUUGGUCGCCAGCUCAGCCUACCCAGACUGCUUGAGACUCUGGAUCCCACUCAACUACGAACCGUCCUUGAGCGCAUCUGCGAGCGACACCCGGAUAUCGGCCAGGAGGUUGUUGCCGGCGCCCCUCGACCUACGGUUGCUGCCGCGCGGGCGUGCUGCAAGAUCAAGGCUCCCUUGACGGCCCUCAUCGAGGCUCUUCUCGACUUCACGCCCCAAUACCUCCCCCCCAUCGAGACGCAAACCACCGUGUCUCUGGAAUACCUCGACCUCGCCACCGACAUCAUCCACGGCCUGCCCGACUGGGAACUUCAGCAAUACCGACACCACAAGGACGCUGCCUACGAUGAGAUCUCCAAGGCCUGGGCGUUGGUAAUCAACGAGGCCGCCAAGCGCGGAGGAGGCCUCAACCUGCACUCUGGCGGUUGGGACCAGAAGUUGUCUAAGCACAAUGAGAUCUCUCAAGGCGGAUGGGCACUGCCAUGA